AUUUGUUUUGAAUCAGAAACGUGAGAUGUUAAUAAAUGUGUGCCGAAUUUGCGGACGGAGCCGGCUCUGCCCCAAAGCCGUGCAGCUAUUUACUUCCGGCAGACAGGGCACCCUGCGCCGCAUCGAAUUAAUCACCGGAAUUCGCCUUCAGCAGAUCCCAAAUGCGCCGGAUAUGCUGUGCUUCUGCUGCCAGACGGACCUCAAUUCGGCCAUGAUGUUCCGCAGGACGUGCAUCUUGCAGCAGAAGAAGUGGGUGCCAGUGGAGGAGGCCGAGGAGCUGGACAAAAUGGAGGUGCAACCCAAGGAAAAACCGAAACCAGUUCUUCCCAAGAGGAAGUACCAGCGACGAAAGAAGUCAUCAGUUCUGCCCGUUGAAACCGUGGACAUUGUGGUUGCGACCGACAAUAAGGCCUCAGCGGAUGCAACAGGUGGCGAUGAAGAGUUUGACCAACCUGUGGAAAUCUCCACAGAACCAGAAAGCGAGGAAAGCGACGUGAAACUGGAAUUUAUUAAUGCAAAAGAAGAGGACAGCCCUCCCAAGGACGAUGAGGAUGUGGAUUCGGAUCUCGAACUACCCAAUAUUAGAACCUUUAAGUGUGCCACCUGUGGAGUCAUUAAGUACAACAAGUCGUCCUUGGACAGGCACCAGUAUGAACACUCCGGCAAAAUACCCUAUCCUUGCAAGGAGUGCCAUAAAGGCUUUUUGGCAGCCAGUGAACUGAAGGCGCACAACCUCACCCAUCACACGGCUGAGCCUCCGUUUAAAUGUCGGUACUGCGAGCGUCGCUACUUCUCCACGGCGGGCCGGAAGAAGCACGAGAGGGUCCACACCAACGAACGACCCUAUGUGUGCGACCAGUGCGGCAAGGGCUUCACAAGGACCUGCAUCCUGAUGGCCCACAUGGAGUCGCACAGAACAAUUAAGAAGUUCGGCUGCCAGGUCUGCAAUCGUUCGUUCAGCUUGAAAAAACACCUGGUGACCCACCUCGUCUCCAACACGCACAAACAAAAUGCUGAAUUCGCUUCAUCGGCAUCGGAAACGAUGUCAGUGGUCAGUUGUGAUACCUAUUCAAGCUGGUCCACAAGCUCCCAAGUCGCUAGCCCUCUCGACGAAGUCUUGCAGUCCCAAUUGGAUAUCUUAUGUCAGGAAAUUUAACACAGACCGAAAUUCCAAAGAAAAGAAAUCUACAGAAAUGGGUAAUCCUUUUACUUUUCUGAAAAUCCGUGUAGUUAUUAAAUACUUUAUAGUGUCCAUAUCUUCCAGAACAUUCCUAGCUGGUUGUAAGAAUCUUUAGAAGUGCCAUGUAGAACACAAAUUCCUUAAUAUCACAAAAGUGCCUUUGUGGUCUCGUCAGAGACAUGAACAUACAAGAACAUAUUUGUAUUUUUCGUUACCUCAAUCUUACAAACUUUAAUUGCAA